AUGGUCCAAAGAUCAAUAUCCAGAAAUCAGAUUCUCCUUGAAGUAGAUCAAUAUCAAACUGUUUAUCGUUUGUACAAUGAAUUUACUUCACUUUUGAAAACACGUUUUAUUUGGUUGGGUCAUUCACCAUUGUCAAAUUGUUCGGAUUUCAUACAAGGUUAUGUAACAGGGGUUUACUACAAUGGAUUACGGUUAACUGAUCUUGCAUCUGGUUUACAGCAUCUGACAUUUGUUAAAGUUACGCGAUACGCUGAAGUAGAGUAUACAAAUACAUUUCAAUUGAAAUUAGGACCAAAUAGUCCAUUUUACACUAAAUCCAAUCUACGGAAAAGAAAAAAACCAUUACAACUGUCGAAAUCUACGUCUUCAAUCUUCAGUCCACUUUCAAUUUCAAAUGAUUUUAUUACAGAUUUCAAUAUACCUAAUGCAAAUGGAAAUAAAUGUUCAUCAUGUACAAACAAAGACGAUUUUUCACGGAAUCCAUCACCACUUGUAUCAUCAUCAUCAUCAUAUUCAAAUGAUUUAUUACCUAAUUCUGAAAUUCAACCAACCAUAAUAACAUUUACAAAAUCAUUAAAUAUUUGGUUAUUUAUUUGUUUAAUUUUAACAGGUUUAAUUUUAAUCAGUUCAUUUGGUUUCCUUAUUUAUCGUUGUACACAACAUAGAUAUAAUGAAGAAUAUAACAAUCAUAUUCAACAUCAUGAACAAUCUACUUCAACAAAUGAACCACAUUUAUUACAAUCAAUAGAGAAUGUUAAAAUUAAUGAAUUAGAGAAACAAGAUUACUAUCAAAAUAAUCAUUAUUCUCAAAAUCAAUUACAACAAAAUAUUUCAUUCUAUCAUACAGGGUAUUUAAAUGAUCAUAGAAAUGAAUUGAAUUCAAUAAUACCUUCUUCAUUUUCUAUUCGUAAUGAUCAAUAUGCAAAUGAUAAAAUUGAUAGUUUAUCAACAUCUUUUUAUAUAGACAAUGUAAUUCCUUCAAAUCAAAAUGAAACUUAUACUAGUCAGAAUAAAUUACAAAAUGAAUUCAAUAAUCAACAAAUUGAUGAUUAUAAAUUAGAUAGAUAUGUAAAUUUAUCUACUUGGUCUACAAUACGAAAUAAUAAUAAUAAUAAUAAUAAUAAUAAUAAUAAUAUCUUAAUGGUAAUAUCUUAAAACAUUCCAAUUUCUUUACUUAUCAUCCUCAUCAACACAAAUCUAGUAUAAAUGAUUUUACAUUUGUACAAAGUAGACAAGCAAUGUAAGAUAUGUAUCAUGUAUGUAUAUAUAUAUGUGUGUGUGUUUGUUUGAUUACAUGUCUCCAUGUUAGGUUAAUUAUAUUAUAUUAUGUUUUGGUUAUUACAUAUUGAUGUAAUAAAACAUAAUUUAUGUUACCUCUUUGUAUUUAUGCUUUUUUGUGUGUGUGGGUAUCAUUCAAAAGCUAAAAACAGAUAACGCAAUUCAACAGGGUAUGCUGAUAUUCCAUUUGAUCAGCACAUAUAUUAAAAUAUAAUUUAGACAAGUUGAAUACUAUAAAUCUCUUUUAUUUCCUCUUAUAAUUGAUUUGUUUUAAAGUAAAUUGUUCUAUAUUAUUAUAUUACUAUGAUAUAAGAGGAUUAUUUCUUUCCAUGUUGUUAACCUUUAUUAUUGUGUAUACAAGUAAAAGUCUAAUUUUCUAUACACAAACAGUCUCUACAUAAAAAUAUAAUCACAAUUCUGUUGCUAUGACAACGAAAAUUCACAUUAUUUUCAACAGAUCAUUCAUAAUUCAAUGUUGAUUUCUAACGAAGAAAAACACUUAUGAUUCUAUCAAUUCAAUGAAUUGAAUAAUAUUCAUCAUCUCAGUUCUAUAUAAUGAAAUUGUAGUACAUUUUCUAUGAAAUAAUUUAUUUUAUUGAUUUUUAUUAAAUACAAAUAAUAAUUAUUAUUAUAAGCUUUA